AGUUGUAGCUCCAGAAGAUUUUCAAAGUCCAGCAGGAGGUUGGCUGUAUACACACAGACACGCCUGCUGGGGAAAAUUAAAGCUAGCCUACCUAACCAAGCAUUUGGACCAGAGAGAGGAGAGAGAGAGAGAGAGAGAGAGAGAGAACAAUCCAGGCACGGUCCAUACUGUAUGAGCAACCCAGCCUUAGUGCAGCCAUUUCAAGCGCAGGGGGAGGAAUAGGUGCUGCGUGUUCAGAGCGAAUUAGCUACACUCCCCCCUCGCCGCCUUAUGCGUGGUAAAGGGGUCUGGGGAGAGAGGAGUACUGAACGGUUGCUCAGGGAAGCCGGGCCUUGACCGUGGCAACCGAAGCGGGCGGGGGUGUGCGCAACACCCGCAGGCGCUGCAGUCCUCCUCGGUCGGGUCGCUCCGUUCCCUAUUUUUCGCCGCCACGGCCUUUCGGGGGCAGGCGGCGCAGCGCCCGCAGACAACCACAGCGACUGCUCCGGCCUUCCUCCCUCGUCUCGCGGGCUGAGAGUGACGCCGGGCGCAAGAAGGACGGGAAGGCGGGUGGGAGGAAAAGAGCCGCCGCCGCCCCCCGUCCCUUCGCUGUUCCGGCCCAGUCGCACGAGUGGAUCCGAGUUCGUUGAGGGGCGCUGGGCUACGUCCCCCUCCCUCCCUUCCCCCCCACCCGAUUAGUCAGUGCCAAGUCAGCCAGGCGAGCCAGGAGAAAGCCGGAGAGGCCGCGGAAGACGCAGGCCGAGGGGGAAAGGCCUAGUCCUGUGGCUGCGCCUGUGAGGCGGCGGGGUCCGGGCCAAAAACAGCUUCUCGGCGCGAUGGUGUGAGAUCGGAGCCGAGGCUGAGGGAAGAUGGCCGGAGGAGGAGGAGGCGGUGGCGGCAGCGGCGGCGGCGGGAGCAGAAGCGUUGGGGGCGCCAGAAGUAGCUACUUUCUGGAAGCUUUGGAUAAAUCAGAGUCCAUGCGGGAUGGUGGCUUUACAAAUCAUUGGAGCUUUGAUCAUUCAGAAGAAAGUGAAGGAGAUGCAGAGAAAGAUGAAGCACGUCUGCUGAGCAUAGAUGAGAGCGAUGGAUCCUGCAGUCCCAGGGAUGAAAAGAAAUCAUUACGUUGUCGCCCAGGAACUAUUGGGACCAGAGGAGAUCACAUAAGAACAUAUACUCGAAGAGGCAAAGUUGAAGGUCCUAGAAUUUUUAAAGGAAAUGCAAUUGGUCUCAACAUGUUGGGGAGCAGCAAGAAACUGAGUGAAAAUGCUCAGACUAUAUCUUGCCCUGGGACUGUAGUACACGGUAGAAUUUUUCAGCAUGCUCAUGCACAAACACCUGUAGUGAAAACAGCAGCACAAAGCAAUCUGGAUCGAAAAGAAAGAAAAGAAUAUCCUCCUAAUAUUCAGAAGAUAGACACUGAUGUCAGUAGACUGUCUCAGCUUCAUGAGAUACAAAGUAUGAUGGAGAAUACAGAAGAAUCUGGGUCAGAGUCAGAAUCAGGAAUUAUGAGGAAGGUACAGCUGAAACGUCACUGCAAUUUAAAUCAAUCUCGUUUGCUUCUAUCUCCUGCUACAAAAAAGUGUGUAGCCCUCCCAGAGGGCUUGGAACAAAGCAAUUAUGCCACAGUUUGCUCAUGCAACGGGAAAGCAAGUGAAAAUCAGACCAAAUGCCAAAGAUGUGGAAGUCUUUGUUUUAAGGUUUUGCCAAGACACUCCAUGCAAAGUAUUGCACUAAAUGAUUCGUUGGGACCUUUAGUACGAGAACCAAUACGUGAGAACUCAGCAGGGCAAAAAUCUUUAAAUGCGGGACUAAAUGCAAAGAAGUUUUAUGGAUCUUGUUCUGGAACAGUUUCGUCUGAUUGCGUAAUGAGGCGAGAUACUGGAACUGUGUUGCGGUCAAACGGAAGAGUUGGUUCUAAAAUUGCUGGAAACUUGAGACAGAAAAGUUCAGUAACAUCCGAACUAAAUGAUCCAAUUGUUUUAUCAAGUGAUGAUGAAGAGGAAGAUGGAAUUGGCAGCACUAGCAGACUGGAGAGUAUAUCACCACGUCCGGCAGAUUCAGCCUGUUCCUCCCCUGCACCUUCGACUGGAAAGGUGGAGGCAGCCUUGAAGGAGAACACUUGUGGAAUAGAACAGAGACUGACAAGUAUUACAGCAGACACAGAACCUGCAGUCACUUUACCAAGAAAAGCAAGAAUGAAAGACCAGUUCGGCAAUGUUGUAGUCAGCGCGCCAGUAAAACGUCGCAGAGUUACCACUCAAGAAACAUCUCAGAGUUAUCACUCAGCUGAUGUGUCUUUAAAAUAUCCAAACUCUUGUGAAAGUGUCAUUCUAAACUGUCGGAGCAUAAGAAUAGGAACGCUGCGCAGAAUGGUAGUAGAACCUGUAAUUUUUUGCCUUGAUUUUAUUAAGAUACGUCUAGAAGAAUCAGAAAUUGGUAUUAGGGACAUUAAUUUAAAAACCUCUGAACUUACGAAGUGUGAGUGGUGUGGAGUACGAAAGCUGCCAGUAGUAUUCCUCCAAACUGUACCUGCUGCCUGCCUUUCUCUGAGAUCCCAGCUGAAGAUGAGCAGAGAGAAGGAUAAUAUCUGGUACGACUGUAAAGGAACAAAUCCAGAGGAGCAGUACAUCAUUUUGAUUUUUGAAACGGGACUUGACCCUCAUGCAAAUGCAGUCUUUGAGAAAAUAAUUGCUGAUAUUGGUGUCAGAAACAGUAUUUCUGAUUUUUUUGUAAAAAUUCCAUUUGAAGAAGCAAACAGUAGACUUGUGGCUUUUACAAAAUCCUUUGAAGACACCUCCAAGGGAAAUGCGCACAAAGAAGGCAAAACAAAACAAGUUGUCUCUGAAUCUAAAAUGCAGCUUCGAAAUGCAGCACAAUUCCAAUUUUUUGAUGAUGAUGAAUGUGGAGAACCGCAUACAGUCUUUAUUGGACCUAUAGAAAAGUUGAUAGUCUAUCCACCUCCACCUGCAAAGGGUGGUAUUUCUGUGACCAAUGAAGAUCUCCAUUGUUUAAAUGAGGGAGAGUUCUUAAAUGAUGUCAUCAUUGAUUUUUAUUUAAAGUAUUUGGUGCUUGAAAAGUUGAAAAAAGAAAACGCUGAUAGAAUCCACAUAUUUAGUUCCUUCUUCUACAAACGCCUUAAUCAGAGAGAGAGGAGAAAUCUUCAUGAAAUCUCAAAACUCACAAUUCAGCAAAAAAGACAUGGACGAGUGAAAACGUGGACACGCCAUGUUGAUAUAUUUGAGAAAGAUUUCAUUUUUGUUCCCCUUAAUGAAGCGGCACAUUGGUUUCUGGCUGUCAUUUGUUAUCCAGGUUUAGAGACACCAGUAUAUGAACCCAACCCUUACUAUCAGGAACACAUGCCUACCCAAAUUAAAUCUUCUUCUUCAGAUCAAGACCGAAGCACAUCGCCUGUUACACCCAGUGACUUGGAUACGUUACAGCACACCUCCUCUGCAGCAGUAGCAGCAAAGAAAGUGCUGAACAGGAAGCAAAGUGACACAUUGGCUGACACAGGCACAGAAGGGGAGGACAACGAGUUCCUCCACUGCAGACAACACCUAUGUGGGAGAAGUGGGCUAAAACAAUUGAAUCAGUUAACUAGCACCAAAGAUGAAUUGAGAACUUUGGAACCUGCCGUUCAUACGUGUGACCAUCAAAGUUUGGAGGCGAAUGGCAUGCAGAGUGGACCUAAAGCUCAGAUACAGGCUUCUGAUGGUUUACAGAAAAUUCGGCUAAACUAUAGUGAAGAUUCAGCUGACAGCAGUAAACUGAAUGAAGAUGAGCUGAUUGAUUUUUCAGAUGAUCAGGAUAAUCAGGAAAACAGCAGCGAUGAUGAUGGCCUUGCAGAUGAUAAUUGUAACUCAGAAUUAGGACAGUGGCAUCUAAAGCCAACUAUAUGUAAACAGCCUUGCAUUCUGCUUAUGGAUUCGUUGAGAGGCCCUUCGCGAUCAAAUGUUGUCAGAACUCUAAGGGAAUACUUGGAAGUUGAAUGGGAAGUUAAGAAAGGUACUAAAAAAAGUUUCUCCAAAGAUGUAAUGAAAGGCUCAAACCCUAAAGUGCCACAACAGAACAACUUUAGUGAUUGCGGAGUUUAUGUUCUUCAGUAUGUGGAGAGUUUUUUUGAGGAUCCCAUUCGAAGUUUUGAACUACCAAUGAAUUUAACAGACUGGUUUCCACGUCCCAGAAUGAAGACAAAACGAGAAGAAAUAAGGAACAUAAUCCUAAAUUUACAUGAACAGCAGAACAAAGAAAAGAAAGGGCAGAAAGAUCCUAAUUCAACAGAGAAAUCUUUUCAGGAAGGUAUAGAGCAAUUUAUCAGCAGCAGUUCAGACUGAAUUUUUUCUCUGUUGCAACGCUAAAAAACUGAUCUACCUUUCUACAGUCUGUCCAUUCUAAGGAUUUUGAAGUACUGUCGCUCAGGCUUCCUGUUGAUGCUUAUGUAUUUGUGUCAUUAAUUCAGAUUCCUCUCCAAAUGUAUUAAAUAAACAUAUAUGUACAUAUGUGAACAAGGCCAACUUUUUUCAACAUUUGUAAUUAAGUUUUUUCACUUCUUAGGAAACUUUUGUUAUGAAUUUCGUUUAAUAGAACUUAAUAGCAACUUCUAGACACAAAGCAAAUAAAAAUAUUUAUAGGAUAAAUUGGUUAACUUUUUCUGUGUUAAAUAAAAUUGUCAUUUACCAUUUCCCAGGAAGACUUCCAUAAUGCAUGGGGAAUGCCUAUGUAGCAAGCUGAAUCAAAUUCAUACUUUGAUUUACAGUUGCCAUUACAAAAUGUUCUGUUUUGCCAUGUGCAACAAUAUAAGAAUGUGUCUAAAUGCACUGUUUCCAAGGUGAGUGGUUUGCAUUCAGAACAUAACCUUCAAUAGCAAAUGCUUCAGAUACAGAACAUAUUAAAAGAGAACUUCACAAGUGCUUGGGAUAAUGCUGCUUUACAACUACAGGUCAUCUUAUCUGAGCAGUAUUUAAUUAUUGGUCUCCAAUGCAGUAAAUUUCAGUAAUACUGUUGGAUCCUUUCUUUUGUGGUUCCUAAUUGUUGUGCAACUGUACUUUGACAAUGAUAAAACUGUAUUUUCUGGUAAGUGUGCUUGAAAUAGCAGCAGAUUGCCCACAUUACAUUUUCUGUGUUGGAAUUCUGAAUGUCACAUUCAUGUGCUUUAUCAAAUGAACAUUUUAAAAAUGUAUCAGUACUAUUUUUUGUAUUGUCCAGAAAACCAAAAUAUUGCUAGACCUUCAUUGCUUGCUUGCUUAUUAAUUUUCAGUAGAAUUGUCUAAGAAUACUGAGUCAACUCGUUGGCAUAUUUUCAUGAUGUAAUUUGAUUUUUUAAAUUAUGUAAAAGUCAAGCCUUAUGAUACCAGCUCCUCUAAAAGUUCAGAAGAAAUCAACGACAUUCUGUAACUCCUUUUAAAAAUAUAAAUACUCAAAAUAAGGAAAUGAAAACUGCUCUUGCAAACCUCUUUUACUGUAAAACUUUUUAUGCAUUAUAUGAGUGGAAAUAGAUUGUCAAAUGGAAGAUAUCGGAGAGGGAGGAUGUAGGGAGUAGAAGGAAAGCUCUUGCCACCAUUACAAAUUCAUACAUAUUCAGAUCCUUUUUACCUGUUUAUGAAAGAGAGAAACUUUGCAACUCUGUGUCACCCCUUGAUCGCCAUGGCAGUAUUCAUUGCCCAACAGGUCUGCAAUUAGUUUGUUCAAGGUGGUGUUCAGAAGAUCUAGCAAUAGGGCAGUACUUUUUGGGGCUAUGGUCCUAUUAACUUCAGUGGGAUUUACAUAACCUAUAUGUACGACUGCAAUUGCAGACUUGAUCAUUUUUUUAAUGUUUUGAUUCAAGAUUUAGAAAAAAAUUGCUUUUUUGCUAGAGAAGAUGCUUUCAGCCCACAUACCAUCAUGGUUUCCACUCAUCAGUGGGAUCUGUACUGGCUUCUCAGCAAAUCUGAAACAACGUUAACUAGAAUUUUAAAGGGCACCAAAUUACUUAAUAUUCUUGCAUUAAAAUUGCUGAAAACUCCUGCAAUUUUUAAAAGCAAAACUAGCUAGAAUUAGUGGAAAAAAAACAAGUGUAGAAAUGGGUUGGUAUAGCAACUUUUUUUAGAGUAACUUGAACAUACAGUAGAGGCCAGUAGAAAAAGAUAAACUUUAUCUAAUGAAAUACUUUUCCAGGGUACCAUUAUUUAUUAUAGUAUUUUGAUUAUCAGUGUAUUAUUUUCUUUAACAUGUUUUGCAACAUCUUGGUUUCUCAUUAUUCAGUUCUAUUCCAUAGAAUGGCCUGGAGCUUGUAUUCCAUUUCAAAAUGUGAUAAAUGCAAUGUGUAUUCCUUAAUUCAGUAAAGGAUCAGUCAUACAGCAAGCUGAUAUACAUGUUAAUAUAGAAAAUUUAUUUUUUUAAUAAAAUGAUAGAAAAAAGUGUCAAGAA